AAAAAAAAAAAAAAAAAUGAGAAACAUGGGACUGUUUGUUUUACUUGCUUUCAUUGCUCUCAUGCUACUUGAAACACAUGGUUUUACCGACAAAACUGAUAGGCAAGCGUUGUUGGACUUCAAGUCUCAAGUUUCUGAAGACAAAAGAGUUGUCUUGUCCUCAUGGAAUCACUCAUUCCCUCUCUGCAAUUGGACUGGGGUUAGAUGUGGCCGCAAACACAAGAGAGUAACACAUUUGCACUUAGGAGGAUUGCAAUUGGGGGGAGUGAUAUCACCAUCAAUUGGUAAUCUUUCAUUUCUCAUAUCACUUAAUAUCUCUGAUAACUCUUUUGGUGGAACUAUCCCUCAAGAGAUGGCAAACUUGUUUCGACUUGAACACUUGGGUAUGAGCUUUAAUUUUCUCAGAGGAGGGAUUCCAACCAGUUUGUCUAACUGCUCUAGAUUGUUGGAGCUUGUGUUUUCUUCAAAUCCUCUGGAGGAGGUGUUCCUUCAGAACUAGGGUUAUUGACAAAGCUUGUUACUUUAUACCUUGAUAGAACCAAACUGAAAGGAAAGCUCCCUCCAUCUCUAGGAAACUUAACAUCCCUUAGAGAACUUGGCUUAGACAAAAACAAUUUAAAAGGAGAAAUUCCUGAAGAUAUAGCUAGGUUGACUCAAUUGGUCUAUCUUGAAUUUACAAUGAACAAUUUCUCUGGUGUUUUUCCUCCUGCUAUCUACAACUUGUCCUCACUUGAGUAUUUAUCCAUGUAUGGUAAUGGUUUUUGGGGUAAUCUAAGGCCUGAUAUUGGUUAUUUGUUACCAAAUCUUCAAGAUUUAACUGUGGGACAUAAUUAUUUAACUGGAGCCAUUCCAACAACACUUACCAAUAUCUCUAGUCUCCAAAAUCUGGUAAUAGAAUACAACAAUCUGAAAGGAAGUAUUCCUUCUAGCUUUGGAAAGGUAAGGAAUUUGCAACUCUUGACAUUUCUUGAUAAUUCUCUGGGCAGUCACUCUGUUGGAGAUCUUGAAUUUCUUGAUUCAUUGACUAAUUGCACCCAACUACAUGAGUUAGAUGUUGGUUAUAAUAGGCUUGGCGGUUUCUUGCCUGCUUCAAUUGCCAAUAUGUCCACCAACCUUAUCUAUUUAAACCUUGAAGAAAAUCUCAUCUCAGGAAACAUUCCUCAUGACAUUGGGAAUCUCAUAAACCUACAAAUACUUGGGCUGGGCAGUAAUAUGUUAACAGGACCACUCCCAACAUCUCUUGGAAAGCUUUCAAGAUUUGGGGUAUUAGAUGUCGCUUUAAAUAGAAUGUCAGGGGAGAUACCAUCGUCAUUAGGCAACAUCACUUUAUUAGAAAAACUCAAUUUGUUACACAAUAGUUUUCAUGGAACCGUUCCUCCGAGUUUUGGAAAAUGUAGUCACCUACUACAUUUGUAUAUUGGGUCUAAUAAGUUAAAUGGGACUAUACCUCAGGAAAUUAUGGAAAUCCAAUCCCUUCUCUUUCUAAACAUGUCAAAUAAUUCUUUGACGGGCUCUCUACCAAAAGAUGUUGGGAGACUUCAAAAUCUAGUUGGGUUAGAUGUUUCUCAUAACAGAUUAUCAGGGCACCUACCACAUAGUUUAGGAAAGUGUCUUUCUAUGAAACAACUUUAUCUCAAAGGAAAUUUUUUUGAUGGAGCCAUUCCAGAUAUAAGUGGGUUAGUCGGUGUUACGAAGGUUGAUUUCUCAAACAAUAAUCUCUCUGGAAGUAUACAUGAAUAUCUUGCAAACUUCACCUCGUUGCAAUAUCUCAAUCUAUCGUUUAACAACUUCGAAGGAAGGGUGCCUACAAAAGGAAUAUUUCAGAACUCUUCUAUCAUUUUGGUAUUUGGAAACAAAAAUCUUUGUGGAGGCAUCAAGGAACUGAAGCUAAAGCCAUGCCUCGCGCAAGAACCACUAAUGGAGAAACACAAUUCUUCUCAUUUAAAGAAAGUUGUUGUUGGAGUAAGCGUAGGCAUGACUUUUCUUUUGCUGUUGUUCAUAGCUUCGGUUUCUUUGAUUUGGUUCAAAAAAAGAAAGAAGAACAAGCAGACCAAUGACCCAACUCCUUCUAGUUUGGAAGUCUUCCAUGAUAAAAUAAGUUAUGGAGAUCUUCGUAAUGCAAAAAAUGGCUUCUCUUCAAGUAAUAUGAUCGGGUCAGGCAGUUUUGGUACUGUGUUUAAGGCGUUGCUCCCAAAGGAGAGAACGAUGGUUGCAGUGAAAGUUCUGAACCUGCAGAGACGUGGAGCUAUGAAGAGCUUUAUGGCAGAAUGUGAAUCUUUGAAGGACAUUAGGCAUCGUAAUCUUGUGAAACUAUUGACAGCUUGUGCUAGUAUUGAUUUCCAAGGAAACGAAUUCAGAGCUCUCGUAUAUGAGUUCAUGUCGAAUGGAAGCUUGGAUAAGUGGCUGCAUCGAGAGAAAGUAGAAGAGAUCCGUAGGCCCUCAAGACCCUUGACACUUCUUGAAAGGCUUAACAUUGCCAUAGACGUGGCUACUGCUUUAGUUUAUCUUCAUGUUCAUUGUCAUGAGCCUAUAGACAUUGCGAUCUUAAGCCAAGCAACAUACUUUUAGACGAUGAUCUAACUGCCCAUGUUAGUGACUUUGGUCGGCUCAUCUUCUCCUCAAAUUUGACCAGGGGUCCUUUUUCAACCAACUAAGCUCAGCUGGCGUUAGAGGAACCAUCGGCUAUGUCGCACCAGAAUAUGGAAUGGGAGGAGAACCAUCAAUAAAUGGUGAUGUGUAUAGCUUUGGGGUUCUCCUUUUGGAAAUGUUCACUGGAAAAAGACCAACCAAUGAGUUGUUUGGGGGAAACUUUACCUUACACAGCUACACCAAGUCGGCGUUGCUGGAAAGAGUAUUAGACAUUGCAGACGAAUCGAUUCUUCACAUUGGUCUCAGAGUUGGUUUCCCUAUUGCUGAGUGCUUGACACUUGUUUUGGAGAUGGGGCUUAGGUGUUGUGAGGAAUCUCCCACGAACCGUUUGGCAACGAGUGAAGCUGCAAAGGAGUUGAUCUCAAUCAGAGAGAGGUUCUUUAAAACAAGAACAACAACCAGACGUUGAAGAGUAUAUGCUUUUCUCUACAAACUUCGUAACUUUACACAUUUCAAAGUUUAAACUGAGGCAUGUACUACGACAUCAUUUUGUUUUAUCAUAAGCUGUGGUUUUGUUUUAUACUCUGUUCACUCUAUACAAGAUUGAAUACUUGUGUUACCAGGCAGCAGGCUAAUAAUAAAAAUGACAUUGUAGUUGUGGUUUA